UUCUUCUUCGAGUUAUCGCCAAACAAGUCAUAACAGGAAAGAAAGAGAGGAGAGAAAGGAACGAGAAAAAGAUGGCGGAGCUGCAGAGAUCUGCCACAACCUUCCGGCGAUCGGGCUCGUCGGGGUUGGUGUGGGACGAGCGGUUCCUUUCCACGGACCCCGACGCAGACGAAGAUGCAGGAGGGGAGCUGAGGCGCUCGCGGACGGUCGGACCCACCACCGAUCGCCGCCGCGGCGGCAACGGCGGAGACGGAGGCAGGCAGGCUUUCCGCGCCAACGCGGUGCCGGCGGCCGCGGAUCCGCCGUCUCCGGACGCCCACUGCGGCGGGCUCUGCGGCAUCUUCGGCAAGGCGAGGCGCCACCACCGAUCGAAGCCGAGGCGGCGCUGAAUCGGGGCAGAAGAGUGAGUGCUUUCCGUAAAUAUGUAUAAAAUUCGGGGGGCAAAUGAAUUAAAGUCACAGUUUCUCGGGGUUUCUUUUUGUCGAUGUUCUUGUUUUCAGUUUUCGUUGGAUCAAUGUGCAAAGUGUAACUGUGUGGAACUGGAA